CAUUCUUAGCAAACAUCCAAAAGCUGGGGAAAUCGCGCGUUGUAGAUACAGGAGGAACUUACAACCCUUCAUAGCUUCCGUUGAAUGCGGGGGAAUAGAGUAACCAAUUAAUCGUAAACCUUGCCCUCCAUCACCGAGGAAGCUGCUUCUCUUCUCCUCAUCUCGUUGUGCCAUUCUACCUUCCCUGGUAACUCAACUGCCAGCUGCUUCGCGGAAAGUCCGUCAGUGCCCUUGUUGCCUGUCGCCUGCUUGUUGACCAAGGAUUGGAACUUCCCCGCGAAAAACUACCGCAUAUCCAUCCAAAUCUGCAGAUUAAACCCUUCAGACCCUUGUACAUACAUAUCACCGCCCAUACACAACCACAGAAGAAGAAAGAGCACAGGCUGCAUUUAGCAUCAUUUAACGGUACGCGGUACAUACACAUCUUAUGUACCGCACCUUAUAAUCCCAUCCACCAUUCAUCGUCCAUCCACCCAAUACACCCAAUACACCAUCUCGUCCAAUCCCAACUCUAGCAUUCCUCAGCACACCCUUCACCGUCCGUCCCCUGUCUACUGUCCCUUGUUCAUUUAUCAGCUUGCGUCAAAUUCGACGCUGUCUAUCACGCAGUUACAUUCAUACCUACCCUUCCCGUCGACACCCAGCUUCUUCUACCUAAAUAUCCUCAAUCAAAAACACUCGUCUUUGUUUCCUUGUUCCCUUUUCGCCAUACUCCAAGACCCGCUACCACUACAUACAUCCCCACAAUGUUGACCCGACGUAUCGCAAGAGCGACGGCGGUGGCUGUUCCACGCUCGGUGAGAGCUUUUAGCGCCACCGCUGUUAGCCAGCGUACGCCGAUAAUGGCCGACAUUACACCCGAAGGUGUAGAUUCGUUCAACUCCAAGCAAAAAGACUUUCGCGAGCAGUUGGUGAAGGCACAGCAGGAGAGGGAAGCAAGUAGGUUCAAAAACAAUUCCUCUUCUUCUUCUAAUGAUUCUUUGUCUCCCGCCCACGAUUCCUCCCUGGGCCUGGGCUCAUUAGGCACUCACGCAGGACAACGGGCGGAGGCCUCGACUAAGGAGUCUGAUCAACCGGAAGGCCUUCUUUCUAGGGUGAUCUAUGGUACAAAGGAAGGGCGCGAGUUAGACGCCCAACUCGAGGCCAGCUUCUCGGCAGUCUUAGCUCGCGGUAAAUAUGUCCAUUCGAUUGUAUUCCACGAGGUGCUUCCCGAUAAGGUGGACGAAUACGUGGAAUUGGUCGGCAACUGGUAUCCUCGCAUGGCUUCCUUGGAGGAGAAUAAGGUUCACCUCGUAGGAAGCUGGCGAACCGAGGUGGGAGAUUGCGAUACUUUUGUUCACAUUUGGGAAUACCAACGCUACCAAGGAUACCAUCAAUCCAUACACUCCAUCUCCAGACACCCCGACUUCCCCGAGUUCGAUAAGAAGCUCAAGACGCUCAUCAAGUCUAAGAACACAUCAAUCAUGCAGGAAUUCUCAUUCUGGCCGACUACGUCACCCCGCCAACUAGGCGGCCUUUUCGAGCUCCGUUCAUACACCCUCCAUCCUGGUAAUUUGCUAGAGUGGGAAACCCACUGGCGACGAGGACUGAAGGCACGAAGAGAAGUCAUGGAAGGUGUAGGAGCUUGGUUCGUGCAGAUCGGCGAUCUCAACACAGUUCACCACCUUUGGCAAUUUGCGAAUUUGGAGGAACGAAAGGUUCGACGAGAGGAAAGCUGGAAGCAAGAGGGUUGGGCCGAAACAGUACACAAGACCGUUCCUCUCAUCCAAAGCAUGAAGUCGAGAAUCCUCAUUCCACUACCGUGGUCACCUGUAGCUUAAGGGUCCUCCUGGAUGUAGCAAAGGAUUUACGUGAGCCGCUAGUUGAUUUUGGGCCAAUCUGAGCAUUUUGACAUGGAACCGGAGUUCGGAAGGGUAGUCAUUUCUUUUGUAGCCGUGCUAUUAUGAAUCUCGGCGCGAGAUGACUUCGAAGGUGCCUGUGCUUGUACUUUUACUGUUGAGAUCAGGAAUUGAGUUCACGGGAAUGAAAGCUUGGGGAUGAAAAUUUCAGGCAUGACGACGGUCAUAUCUGACUACGACUAAGCAAUAUGAAGCAAUUCGCCCAAUUUAAA